AACCUUUCCCCUCAACGGAAUCACCAAACUACCAAUCUUCCUUCGCGCAAUACACACAUCACAACAAAAACUCGCCGGAAUCUUUCUCCGAUCGCUUCGCUGGUUCAGUUUAUGUUCAUCGGAAACUCACCGAUCCUAUUCCGUUUCCAAUCGUAGUACUUCGGUGACCGGAGAUGGUGAAUUCCAUGGUUGAACGCGCCACCAGCGACAUGCUCAUCGGUCCCGAUUGGGCUAUGAAUAUCGAGAUCUGUGACAUGCUCAAUCAUGACCCUGGGCAAGCAAAGGAAGUUGUCAAAGGUAUAAAGAAACGGAUUGGAAGUAGAAAUUCUAAAGUUCAACUCCUUGCACUAACUUUGCUGGAGACAAUCAUAAAGAACUGCGGAGAUAUUGUUCACAUGCAUGUUGCAGAGAGAGAUGUGCUUCAUGAGAUGGUGAAAAUAGUGAAGAAAAAGCCUGAUUUUCAUGUCAAAGAGAAGAUACUGAUUCUUAUAGAUACUUGGCAAGAAGCUUUUGGAGGACCGAGGGCAAGAUAUCCACAAUACUAUGCUGCAUACCAGGAACUGUUGCGUGCUGGUGCAGUAUUCCCUCAAAGAUCUGAACAGUCUGCACCCGUAUUCACUCCUCCACAAACACAACCAUUGGCUUCAUACCCUCCAAACAUACGAGAUUUGGAUGCUAGACAGGACACGGCUGAGUCCUCUGCAGAGUCUGAGUUUCCAACACUAAGUUUGACCGAAAUUCAGAAUGCACAUGGUAUUAUGGACGUUCUUGCAGAAAUGCUCAAUGCAAUAGAUCCUAGUAACAAAGAAGGGCUUAGACAGGAGGUUAUUGUUGAUUUGGUGGAGCAGUGUAGAACAUACAAGCAAAGAGUGGUACACCUUGUAAACUCAACUACGGAUGAAUCACUGCUAUGCCAGGGACUGGCUCUCAAUGAUGAUCUGCAGCGUGUACUUGCCAGACAUGAAUCUAUUUUGUCUGGAACUUCUACUCAAAAUGGAAAUCACGUCGAGAAUUCAAAACCUGCAUCUGCUGGGCAACUUGUAGAUAUUGAUGCUCCUUUGGUUGAUACUGGAGAUACUGGCAAACAAACUGACGGGAGAUCUUCUUCUGGUGCUGAAACAGGGUCCCAAACAUUGAAUCAGUUAUUGCUUCCCGCGCCCGCAGCUUCAUCCAACGGUUCAGCUGUACCUGCCAAAGUUGAUCCCAAGUUGGACCUGCUCAGUGGUGAUAACUACAACUCACCAAAAGCUGAUACUUCACUUGCUCUUGUUCCUCUGGGAGAACCACAUCCUGCUAGUCCUGUGUCUGAUCAGAAUUCCCUUGUUCUUUUUGAUAUGUUUUCUAAUGGAGACACUGCACCGAAGUCUGUCAAUACCCAGCAAACUAAUGUUGCUGGUCAGUCUGGCCCAUUUACUCCCCAGUUUCAACAACAGCAGACAUUCAUAUCUCAAGGUGGAUUUUACCCCAAUGGAAAUGUGCCAAAUGCUGGUUCACCUCAGUAUGAACAAUCACUGCAUACACAAAAUACAGGUCCUGCCUGGAAUGGUCAGGUUGCCGAACAGCAACAGCCAGCUUCCCCUUAUGGUGCGCAAAAUAGCGGAUCAUUGCCACCACCUCCUUGGGAAGCUCAACCAGUAGACAAUGGCAGUCCGAUAGCAGGCGCUCAGUAUCCACAACCACCACAAGCCAGUCAUAUGGUUAUGACACAUGCUCAGGGUGCUGCAAAUCAUCAAGGGCCUCAAGCAAUGGGUUAUGACCAGGGUGCUGGUAUGUAUAUGCAGCCACAUGCUAACCAUGCUGGUAGCAAUCAAUUAGGUAUGCAUCCUCAGCAUAUUCAAGGUGUUGCAGGGCCAUACAUGGGUAUGGCUUCACAUCAAACGCAAGGUGGUCCUGCGGUUUCCAUGUAUCCACAACAGAUGUAUGGAAACCAAUAUGCAGGUUAUGGCUACGGUCAGCAGCAACCCGGAGUUCCAUACAUUGAGCAGCAAAUGUAUGGUAUGACUGUUAGAGAUGAUAGUUAUUUGCGAAACUCUAACCAGGUCCCUAUGUCUUAUGUUCCAUCGGGGAAGCCUUCAAAGCCAGAGGAUAAGUUAUUUGGGGACCUUGUGGACAUGGCAAAAGUGAAGCCAAAACCGACUCCAGGUCGAGCUGGUAGCAUGUAAAAACUGUCUUGGUUUGCAUUUUAGCCGUUUGCUAACAUGUGAUGUUUUUUAUUUUAUAUAUAUAGUUUUUGUUUUAUAUUGGUUGCUUUUCUGGGAAUUAGCAUUUGUGUAAAUUGAUUCUAGAGUAAACAUUGAAAAAUGGAGAACCGAGAAGAGGGUGGGGGAAGAAACAGCAAAGGACAUUAAAACCGAGGUCUUAUUUUCAUCUACUCCUUUUCUCCUAUUGACGUUAAAAUAAAUCGAAAGAGGGGGGCAUUGGGUGGAAUGACUUAAAGAUUUCUUAAUAAUUAAUGGCUUGUUUGAAAUAAUAAGAUUAUAGAAACAAUUAUUGUUCUGCUGCUCUAA